UGUAGCUACAGCGGAAGAAUACCAGACAACAAGCAACAAGGGAGAACAACAGGGCCUUUUAGAGGAAAUGACAAACAGGUUAUAUUAUCCUGUUAGUCAGCCUCAUAUUGUCUGUGGGCUCAGUGUGAGCCCAGUAGGGAAAACCAUGGAGCAGAGGAACCUUGGAGAGGAGGUUGAGAAUCAGUUCAACGAUGUGCUCUCCAGACUGCAGUCCAAGGCCGCCUUCCGCUCCGACUGGGACAAAGCCUCUUUUGCGGUCUUCUUCAUCUUUGUCGGUAUGGUUCUACUGCUGCUGAUCCUGGUUCUCAUCCGCUGCUGUUGCUGCUGCUGCUGUGAUGAGAAGCCCCGAAGACAGAAAGUUGGAAUAGAGAACAUGGCUCUGGAGCACUGACAGCUGACUCAAAGUAAUUUGAUUUCUACAAGCAACUGACAAAGAAUCAGCUAGAUUUUGUCUUCUAGAAGCAGUGCCCAGUGCUUUUUAUCCAUGUGCCAAAGUGCUUUGCAUUUACACACAACUGCAUCAGAAUAAGUGCUUUCACUCUGGUUGAGAAUGAAGGUUUUUUUUUUUUCCCUGACCCAAUUUGCCACCUAAUUGUGGAAAUCAGAGCCAUGUGAUGUUGUCGACAUGCAAUUCUGUAUGUUCAUUUCCAAGACGCCACCAAUGAGGAACUGGAGUCAGCUGAUUGGAGAGUUUUAACCACAACAACACUGAUUUCUGCUUCAGAUUUGAUUUCUUUGGAAACUGGGGUAACAUCACUCUCUUCCUUUGCUUUUCAAAAGGCUUUUAACAUGAAGAAUGAAGUUUGUACAUACUGUUCUAUUAAAAUGGAAACUUUACCAAUGACAUUUUCUCAUGUAUGUCAAU